AAAUAAGUACUUUUCUACAUGUUCGUUCCGACGUAUUUCGUUUGUUUUCGUGGAAUCGCUACAAAUAUUUUCGUUCUCAAUAAAUUUCAUAUAUCAAAGUGAAAAUAAAACAAAACAAAUUUUCAAAAUAAUAAGCAGAAAAACAAGGCAAACAUGAACCACCUAAAAUGGAUGGGACACACUUCAACUAUAAUGGAAAUACAAAAAACUCUACAUAAUGAUCCAGAAACCUGUGAAGUCACACUGGUUGCUAAGGGCAAAUCUGUACGCGCCCAUCGCUUCGUACUAAGUUCUAGUAGUGAUUUACUGCGUACCUUGUUAGCUGAAAUUCCCUUUGAUAAAGAAGCAACGAUUAUUGUGCCAGAGAUAAAAGGUGAACUAUUGGAUAGCGUACUCAGUUUCAUAUACAUGGGCGAGGCACAUGUAGGAUCAGCUUAUUUAUCGGAGUUCCUCGAGACUAUGAAUUUAUUAGGAGUCAAAUCCGCAAUAAGUUUUGAAUGCAAUCAAGCAAAUCUUCACACCUCAGUUGGUGCGGAAAUUUUGCAGGUUAAAAAUUUAACAGACGUUCAAAUGGAACAUUGCGAUCUUGUAGAGCAGGAUAAUUAUUCACAAAAAGUUGAUGAAACACAAAAUGUUACUGACCCAGGACCACCGCGCGAAUUAGAAUUUCUUGAUGUUUAUCAUGAACCAAACCACAAAAUUACAUAUUCAAUUGAGCAUAUACAAGGAGCAAAUAAUGGUGAAUUUAUAUUGACAGGCGAAAACGGAACAUUUGCUUUAGCUCAAAAUCAAGAUAUAGACACUGGUAAUGGCGAAAGUGCUGAAAAAAUAGACACCGAAGAGGACGUAGAAAGCAAUAUAAUUGAGGAAUAUAAUAACACAGAAAAUCCAAUAAUUUCAACAAAAAUACAUAACAUUCCAAGAGGUUCAGCAAGCAUAGAAAGUCAGUCGUCGGUAGUGCAAAUCAUACCCAAAGGAAAAAUGUACAAAAUGAAAACCGAUGCAGAUCCAAUACAAAUGGAACAAACAGUAGUAUCAACAACAGACUCUGUGGAAGAUAAAACGAUUGCAAAAACUGAGGUGCGUCGUUCAGCGGAAAGCCUAAUAGAUUUAGCUGUUCAGGCGGUAAUUGAAGAAGGUAUGAGUCUACAAAAAGCAGCUGUAAAAUACGAAUUAUCAAAAACUGUACUUUGGCGACGAGUGCGUCUACAUCCAAAUUAUAUGAAAACUGCACGAGAGAAUCCGCAAAUAAAAUUAGUACAUGAGAGGCUUAAAACGGGCGAGUCAUUGAAGAGUAUUAGUCACGAUUUAGACAUACCAAUGUCAACAUUGCACAGAUACAAAGUACGCUUGUCUCAGCAAGGAAGAUUACCUGAUUUUAUUGUAUGUAAAAAACGAGAUCCUGGCACACGAGAGGAAUUAAGAGAGAAACUUGCCAAAGCGGUCUAUGCAUGCAUUCAUCAAGGUGUUUCACAGAAUCAUGCCGCAAAUUUGUUUGACAUACCGAAGAGUACAUUAUGGCGGCAUUUACAGAAACGAGCUCUGAAGUUAGAACAGGAUCAGAAUGAUUCAUCAGAUGUUAAGGAGGAAAUUAUAUUGUCAUAAAAUGAAUAAUAUAUAGUUUUAUUAUGCUAAUAUGUACAUUACAUAUAAAGCUAUUGCCAAAAAUAUUUUGUUAUUUUAUUAUAAUGAAAAAUGAUAUUGUACAUUUUAUAUAAUAUAGUAAUCAGCGAUUAAAAAUUAAAUAUAAAAGUGG